UGCGCAUGCCCACUGUGCCCAGCUGCUCCGCUUUCGAGCAUCCUAGACUUCUGUCACCAGGUAAGGACAUCCUAGAAGCUGAGCUACAGUUGGCUGGGGCACACAAAAACCUGGGGGUGCCAAGAGUUUCCAGGUACGUAAGCGGGAAAGGGGUGCCGAGUCUCAGCUAAAAAAUCCCCCAUGGCAGAGAUCCGAGUACACAUGCAGCAAUUUCCAUCGGUGGGGCCCCGAGGAAGGGGAGGAUGAUGGGAGAAGACGAGCAACUACAAGCCCCCGCACGCAGUGCGCAGCUAGCUUCUGGAAAGAGGCCCGCGAUGCAGUGCUGCCGGGCCUCGGCGCAGAGCCCCGGCCGAGCGCCAGACGCGGACUGCCAGCACCAGAAUGCUCGCGAUGAGAAGACAGGCGGAGUACUGCGAGCGAGCGAGCCUUCAGCUCUCGUAUCCAUGACGCCUGCUGCUUCGUGGGACCCCUGGCCUGCAGGGUAGUGGGUCUCUGCGGGACAUCCUGUCCUGCCCUGGCCGGCGCCGGACCCCCACGGCCCCGGAGCCUCCCGCGCCGCCACGGGAUGACAGAGCCGGACGUGACGCUACCGUGGAAGGAAGGGAGGGGCGGAGCGUGGCGCGGUGACGUCCUCCCAAGAUGGCGGAGAGAGAGUGAAGAAACUGUGUUCCCCCCUUGGGUUGCUAUCGAUCAAGGGUAAAAUUCCAUUCUGAUACCAAAAUGCAGUAUUCGCACCACUGUGAGCACCUUUUAGAGAGACUGAACAAACAGCGGGAAGCAGGUUUUCUUUGUGACUGCACCAUAGUGAUUGGAGAAUUCCAGUUUAAAGCUCAUAGGAAUGUGCUGGCCUCCUUUAGUGAGUAUUUUGGUGCGAUCUACAGAAGCACUUCUGAGAACAAUGUCUUUCUUGAUCAGAGUCAGGUGAAGGCUGAUGGAUUUCAGAAACUGUUGGAGUUUAUAUACACAGGAACUUUAAAUCUUGACAGUUGGAAUGUUAAAGAAAUUCAUCAGGCUGCUGACUAUCUCAAAGUGGAAGAGGUGGUCACUAAAUGCAAAAUAAAGAUGGAAGAUUUUGCUUUUAUUGCUAAUCCUUCUUCUGCAGAGAUAUCUAGUAUUACUGGAAACAUUGAAUUGAAUCAACAGACUUGUCUUCUUACUCUGCGAGAUUAUAAUAAUCGAGAGAAAUCAGAAGUAUCUACAGAUUUGGUUCAGGCAAAUCCUAAACAAGGGGCAUUAGCAAAAAAGUCAUCUCAAACAAAAAAGAAGAAGAAGCCUUUCAACUCCCCAAAAACAGGGCAGAAUAAAACAGUGCAAUAUCCCAGUGAUAUUUUAGAGAAUGCAUCUGUUGAAUUAUUCCUAGGUGCAAAUAAACUGUCCACACCUGUAGGAGAACAAGUUGCACAAAUAAAUGAUAAUUCAGAACUCGAGUUGACAUCAGUUGUGGAAAAUACUUUUCCAGCACAAGAUAUUGUGCAAACUGUUACAGUGAAACGGAAACGUGGAAAAUCACAGCCGAACUGUGCUCUGAAAGAACACUCUAUGUCUAAUAUAGCUAGUGUCGGGAGUCCUUACGAGGUGGAGAACUCCGGGGAAGAGCUGGAUCAGAGGUAUUCCAGGACCAAGCCAAUGUGUAACACAUGUGGGAAAGUGUUUUCAGAAGCCAGCAGCUUGAGAAGGCACAUGAGAAUACAUAAAGGAGUCAAACCUUAUGUCUGCCACUUAUGUGGAAAGGCAUUUACCCAGUGUAACCAGCUGAAAACCCAUGUAAGAACUCAUACAGGUGAGAAGCCAUACAAAUGUGAAUUGUGUGAUAAAGGAUUUGCUCAGAAAUGUCAGCUAGUCUUCCAUAGUCGCAUGCAUCAUGGUGAAGAAAAACCCUAUAAAUGUGAUGUAUGCAACUUACAGUUUGCAACUUCUAGCAAUCUCAAGAUUCAUGCAAGGAAGCAUAGUGGAGAGAAGCCAUAUGUCUGUGAUAGGUGUGGACAGAGAUUUGCCCAAGCCAGCACACUGACCUAUCAUGUCCGUAGGCAUACUGGAGAAAAGCCUUACGUGUGUGAUACUUGUGGGAAGGCAUUUGCUGUCUCUAGUUCUCUUAUCACUCAUUCUCGGAAACAUACAGGUGAAAAACCAUACAUAUGUGGUAUUUGUGGGAAAAGUUUUAUUUCCUCAGGAGAGCUCAACAAACACUUUCGAUCCCAUACAGGAGAAAGACCAUUUAUCUGUGAAUUAUGUGGUAAUUCUUACACUGAUAUUAAAAAUUUAAAGAAGCACAAAACAAAAGUCCAUUCUGGUGCAGAUAAAACUCUAGACUCCAGCGUAGAGGAUCAUACUUUGAGUGAACAAGAUUCCAUACAAAAGAGUUCUUUAUCAGAAACUCUGGAUGUGAAACCUUCUGAUAUGACUUUACCAUUAGCUCUUCCACUUGGGACUGAGGACCAUCACAUGCUUCUGCCUGUCACAGAUACUCAGUCUCCUACAUCAGAUACAUUGUUGAGGUCAACUGUGAAUGGAUAUUCAGAACCACAGUUGAUAUUUUUACAACAAUUAUACUGAAUGUGAGGAAUAUGGAAUUGCUAAGAUGUCAUUGAUAGCAAACAUCUCUGGUAAGGUGCAUAUAUUCAUGUUAAAUUCCCAUUCAUUUGAGUUGUGACCAUUAUUUUUCAUUCACUGAAGUAAAAGCACCUGAUGCUGCAUCACAA